GAAGAAGGGAGAUGGCGUCAAAUUCUGGCCCCAAAUCUCUGAAUCGUAGCCAAAACAAUGGCAGUAGUAAUAAUAAUAGUAUUAAUUCAGACAAACAGGUUAUUCAUUUUACUUCUUCCUCCAAGAACAGCUCUGGGCAUCCUCCCGUUCGUUCAAAGCCAAAUUCUGCUAAGCGCUCUGUAACUCCUAAUUCCAGAGCGGCUAACCCCAACAACAACGAUGACUCAGAGCCUGCAAGAGUCCGAGUAGCCGUCAGAGUUCGGCCUAGGGAUGCGGAAGAUCUUAAUUCUGAAGCUGACUAUGCUGAUUGUGUUGAACUACAACCCGAGCUCAAGAGGCUGAAACUGAGAAAAAACAAUUGGAAUGCUGAUUCUUAUAAAUUUGAUGAAGUCUUUACAGAUAGUGCGUCUCAAAGGCGCGUGUAUGAGGUUGUAGCAAAACCUGUUGUGGAGAGUGUGAUAAAUGGGUAUAACGGGACCAUAAUGGCAUACGGUCAAACAGGUACUGGUAAAACAUAUACGAUGGGUCGACUGGGUAAACAUGAUCCAUCCGAGCGUGGUAUUAUGGUUAGAUCCCUGGAAGAUAUACUUGCCAACACUUCUCCUACCCUUGAUACUGUGGAAAUCUCUUAUUUACAGUUGUACUUAGAAUCUAUACAAGAUUUGUUAGCACCAGAAAAGAACAAUAUUCCUAUUGCCGAGGACCCCAAGACUGGUGAAGUGUCCUUGCCCGGUGCUGCGGUAGUGAAAAUUAGGGAUCUGGAUCAAUUUUUGCAGCUAGUACAAAUUGGCGAGUCGAACCGCCAUGCAGCAAAUACAAAGAUGAAUACAGAAUCUUCACGUAGUCAUGCCAUUCUUAUGGUUUAUAUACAAAGAUCGUCCCUGGGAAAAGCGGAUACUGACUCUCCUCGAGAUAGGGACUCCAAAAGAAAUACGGGCAAUGCCAUGAAUACUCUUCAUAAAAGCAAGCUGCUGAUUGUGGAUCUUGCAGGAUCCGAGAGAAUAGCCAAAUCUGGAGCUGAAGGUCACAUGCUUGAAGAGACUAAAUUCAUUAAUCUUUCUCUCACUUCUCUGGGAAAGUGCAUCAAUGCGUUAGCUGAGAAUAGUUCACAUAUACCUACAAGAGAUUCUAAGCUUACAAGAAUGCUUCGUGAUUCAUUUGGAGGAUCUGCUAGGACAUCACUUAUAAUAACAAUAGGACCAUCAGCACGUCAUCAUGCGGAAACCUCUAGCACGAUUAUGUUUGGACAGCGGGCUAUGAAAGUGGUGAACAUGUUGAAGCUCAAGGAAGAAUUUGAUUAUGAAAGUCUAUGUCGGAAACUGGAGAAUCAGGUCGACUAUCUUAUUGCAGAAAAUGAGAGACAACAAAAAAUGAGAGAAGAUGACAAGGAGGAGAUCGAAAAGAAGCUGGUAGAGUACAGGAACUCCUUUGCGGAAGUAGAGAAUAGCUUAGAUGCACGAUGUCAGUUGUUUGAAAAUGAAAAUAAACAUUUGGUAUCAGAGAAUCAGAGACUUUUGGAUGAAUUGAAGCUUCAGAAAGAUCGUAAUGAUGUGAUGCAUGACCAAGUUGCACGCCUGGAAAUGAGUUUAAAACAAAGCAAGCAAAAUCAGCUUGAAGGCUCUUCUUAUCAGAAAAUGCUUGUUGACACUACUCAAAUGUAUGAGAAGAAAAUAGCAGAGCUGAUGGAGCAAAUUGAAGAUGAGCACUCCCAGAUUGAAAGGGCACAAGAUCAAUUAGCCAAAGUCAAACAAAUGCUAAGUGAUCAUCAAAAAUCUAAAGAGCUUCAGGGAAAACAAGAGAUUGAUGAUCUCAAGGAGAAGUUGCAAAAAAUGUGUCAGGUGCAUAACAAAACUGUAAAUGAUUUCCAAUCCUUGAAAACAGAAAAUGUGGAGCUAGUAUCGGAGAAGGCAAUGUUAAGUGAAGACCUUCAAAAACUGAAUCAAAAGUUGUCAGUCGAAGAGAAGCAAAGAAAGCACAUGGAAGAUGAAUUUUACAAACUAAAAAAGAUGGUAACUGAGAGGGGCAAUGACAAUGAGGAUAAAAGUUCGAUCAUGAAAGAAAAUAAUGGGAAAGUACAUCCAGGAUAUGGAAACUCAUUGAGUUUGAGCAGGUCAUUCCAACAACGAGAAGCAAUACCAAGGGUUUCAAAGAUAUUUGAGGAAGUUGGUCUUGAAAAGACAAUCGCGAUGUUAAAAUCUCAGGACUUGGACGUCCAAAUUCAUGCUGUGAAAGCAGUUGCAAACCUUGCUGCUGAAGAUUCAAAUCAGGAGAAGAUUGUUGAGGAAGGGGGCCUAGAUGCUCUUCUCAUGCUUUUAGGAUCGUCAGAUAAUACGACAAUUCAUCGAGUUGCUUCUGGUGCAAUCGCCAACUUGGCCAUGAGUGAAAAGAAUCAAGGACUAAUAAUGAGCAAAGGAGGUGCUCAUUUAUUGGCAAAUAUAGCGUCCAAAACAGAUGAUGCACAAACACUUCGAAUGGUUGCUGGAGCGAUUGCAAAUCUAUGUGGAAAUCAGAAAUUACAUGCGUCGCUGAAAGAAGAUGGUGCUAUUAAGGCACUCUUGGGAAUGGGUGGAUCAGGGAAUAGCGAUGUCAUAGCUCAGAUUGCCAGAGGAAUGGCAAACUUCGCAAAAUGUGAAUCUCGAGGAACAGUUCAAGGAUACAGAAAGGGCCGUUCUCUUCUUUUUGAGGAUGGUGCACUUGCAUGGUUGAUCGAUAACUGUGCUAUAAAUUCAUCCUCAACACGACGGCAUAUUGAACUUGCUCUUUGCCACCUAGCUCAAAAUGAUGACAAUGCACCAGAUUUUGUAUCUAGUGGCUCAGUUAAAGAAUUAGUGCGAAUAUCUUCUGAAUCCACACGAGAAGAUAUCCGAAAUUUAGCGAAGAAGACUCUGAAAUUGAACCCAAUGUUUCAAUCUGAGAUGGUAUGCUAACAUUUUUGAUGAACCAUUUUAACAAAAAUACAGCCAAAUCCAGCGAAAGAUUUCCCAUGUAUAGAAUUGGUCAUAGAUCUGUGUACUCAUAAAGUUAUUAUUAGUUUACCACUACAUCUACAUGACCAUAAUUUCCCCCCUCCACAUUUCACUUGUUUAACACUCGGUACACUACUAACCCAGCUUUUAGUUGGCAUAUGAAG